UGUUACCAGUUCACAUGACGUGAGGAGACCAGGAGGAGACUGGUUUCUGCAGUCGGCUCUGUGCUCGACAUCUGAACCGCGUUAAAACCGGUCGUUUCCAACGGGACUUGUCUUAUGAACACUGAAUUAUUAUUUCGUCUUAACACGGACAGAAGCUUAGCAGUGACGUCACGCCUCGCAUUUUAGAUAACAGUCCGCGAAGUCAAGUGCAAUUCACGGUGCGCUCGUGAAGGACCCACCUGCUGCCUGAAGCGGCUCCUCUUGUUGUUGUUGUUUUUUUUUUUUUUCUCUGCCCUCCGAUCUGAGAGAUGAAGCUGUUUCACGCUUUGGCCGUGCUCAUCAUCGCCUGGUGUGCGGUUAUAGGUCGCUCUCAGGCUGUUACUCUGGAGGUGAGGGCGGGGGACUCCACCUGCAUUAAGGCUGAGCUUUCAGCGUCAUUCUCCAUCCCGUACAACACCUCCAGCAGCACGAGAACAGCGCAGUUCUCUCUGCCCGACUCGGCCACAGCGGACACAGGCAGCAGCUCAUGUGGCACAGACAGCAGCUCGCCCUGGCUGGUGGCUGUGUUUGGACCCGGCCACGCUCUGGGAUUAAGCUUUUCAACCAACGGAAGUCUGUACAACGUGGCUAACCUGACGCUGCAGUACAACCUCAGCGACACUUCAGUCUUCCCCGGGGCAGACAGCUCCGAUGUCGUCACUGUUGUAUCGUCUUCAGUUGGGAUCUGGGCAACGGUCAACACCACCUACCGCUGUGAGAGUCCCACCACUUUCCGAGUUGGAGGAUCAACUGUCACUUUUUCUGGCGCAAGACUCGAGGCGUACAUGCCACAAAAUGAACUCAGUCCAACAGAGAGUGUAUGCAUGGCAGAUCAGGCUAGUACUACAGCUCCACCAACCACUGCCAGUACUACAACAACCCCAGCCCCAGCACCGACCCCUCCAGGAACUCCUGAACGGGGCACCUACUCUGUAAACAACAGAAACGGCACUGUGUGUCUCCUGGCCCGGAUGGGACUGCAGCUCAAUGUUUCCUAUUUCUCUCUAUCUCAGAACAAAACUGUGCAAGAAUUAGUAAACCUGAGUCCCAAUGAGACCAGUGUAUCAGGAUCAUGUGAAGCCAGCAGUGCUUCCCUGGUUUUAACACAAGAGCAAAUCACCACACUCAACCUCACCUUCACCCUGAACUCCACAAGCAACAAGUACCGCCUGAGUGCGAUAACGCUGCUGGCUAACUGGUCUGAUAUGAGGGGUCCUUUCCAGGCCAGUAACACCAGCCUGGAUUACCUGCGGAGUACCCUCGGCCGCUCCUACAUGUGCAACGCAGAGCAAACUCUGGCUGUAGUGCCCACUUUCUCUCUCAACACAUUCAGAGUGCAGGUGCAGCCCUUUGAAGUCACCACAAACCAGUUUGCAACAGCCGAGGAGUGUCAGAUAGACCAAACCCAGAUGUUGAUCCCCAUCAUCGUGGGAGCCGCUCUUGCCGGCUUGGUGCUAAUCGUCCUCAUUGCGUAUCUAAUAGGCAGGAAGAGGAGCCACGCUGGAUACCAAACUAUCUGAGUGGACCCUUUAUUUCAAACUUAAACGUGGCAGACAUAGAUGGAGAUGAACCUUAGUGUGUGAGUGAGCAGGUAAUAAGACUAGACACAACAUGAGUGAAUGGAAGCAGUUGGUGCUCUGUGGUGAGUGCAUGCUAGUUUUUGCAUAUCAUGUGUGACCUCUGGAUAUUUUACUUUCACUUUCUCCGUGAGACGAGAAGCCAAAGACCUGCUAAGUUUAGUUUGUGUGAUCAUCUAGAUGGAGUCGAAAAAGGAUGGAGGCAGUCUGAAUUUGCUGCAGCAAUUUCCCCAUCAGCUGUUGUAUUCUUGUUUCAUUAUGUUCCAUGAAAUGUUUGAAUUUGCUCAACCUGCUGUUUGUUGUUUAUAACUCUAGAAUUAUUUAAAAAUUAUCUUUUUUGUAUCCCAUGCAGUUACAGAGGCAGAGAGUCAAUAAACAGCACAGCAAGAAUAUUUAUUCUAAAAAAAGAGGCCAACAGCUUGGCCCCUGUUCUUUCUUUUAUUUCAUUUUAUUCUUAAGCCUACCCGUGUUCACGAGUAGUUUUAAUAAACUUCCUGAGCAUUGAGAUGAUCCCAGAGACUCCACGAAAAGGGAAAUGAACUUGUAUCUUUUCUCAUCGCGUUCCUCCACAGCCAAAAGCCUGAGCUCUCCCAGGAGUGAAAUCCAACAUACAAAGCACAGUCUUAUAAUUCUGAUAACAAGGUCGGUAACUAUUUUGUGUAAACAGUGUGUAGUGGUCCGACCCCAAACGCACACAGUUUUGUAGCUCUGCAUCACUACAUGUUUUUAUCAUUAUAAAUGAAACAGUGCAUGGGUACAUUUUUCUAUCCAUUGCUUUUCCCCACCUCUGGAAGGAAAUGUUGACAUGAAGUGUCGUGAUUUGAUCUUUUAUUUUUUAAAGAAAAUGGUUUGAACUCGUUUUCUAAUAUGCAUCUCAUUGAAACUUAAUAAAAGUCUUUUAAGUUCA